CUUACACUUGUUGUCAUUCUUCAUUCUGGUCAGGACAGCAAGCAGUGUAUCUACCCUACACUAUGUUUUAUUUAAUUUCAAUAACAAUAAAUAACAAAUGAUAAAUAAUUUGUUUCGUAAUUUUUGUUAUAUUAAUUAUUGUGUACAAUUUAAAAGAGUUUGAAUUUUAAAAAAAAUGUCGCAAGCUAUAGACGUAUCAUUAUCACCAGAAGAAAUACUAGCAGAGGUUAGGAAAUUCAUUCCAGAAUCAGUGAAGCAAUGUCAACGAACUAAUUGCCAUGAAGUAACAGUUGGAGCAUUGGUGCUGUUGAAAAAUCUUCCUGCUGCUCGGGAAGCAGUUUUAGAAUAUUUACGUAAAGUAUUUUUCGUUGCGGUAAAUCGUCAAAUUCGUCAUGUCGAGAUGCACCCAAAUUCUCCGUUGGUUGAUGAAUCGAUCAUGAAUGUAACAGUACCUCAAAUACAUAAAGCAUUGAUUGAUAUUGUCUCCUGUAAUUCUCAAGCCUGGGCACCUCUGGUUGCCAGUUGGUCUCUAGAUCUUCUUGGUAAAUUGUCCUGGCGUUAUUCUAAAAGAGCAAACUUGCUACCAGACUCCGGAAUAAAUGCGUAUUUGAAAUAUUGGCUGUCAUUUAAAUCCACAAGAAUUUUAGUCGAUUUAUCAGCAAGAUGUAUAAAAUAUUUAUCAGACAGUGAAGCAGAGUCAUGUAUGAAUGUCCUCACCCAAUCAAUAGCCGACUACAGCCCAUACUUUGAUUGGGUUGUAGCUCACAUCGGGAGUUGUUUUCCCCAGUUAAUUAUAAAAAAAGUUUUACUCUGGGGAUUAAAAGAUUUUUCGAUCACCGGUGUUCAGAAUUCACAAAAUGUUUUGCUUACGUCAGUAAAAGAAAUUUUGGGACAUUUAGCUGGCAGUCAUUUUUAUGAAAUCAAAGACGCUCUUCUUGAUUUAUUUAGAUGGAGUUUAAAUGAAAAUAUAAAUGACGAUGAUUUGACUAGACGUCAAAAAGUAGCAACAGUACCAUAUUUAUUAAAGCUUGCGUCUCUUUCGCAAUUAUUACUUAAAGUAAUAACGACAGUUGUUCUUCAAACUCUGUUUCCAGUACGACCAGACGUUAUUCCACGUCUUGCAUUAUUUGCUACGGACUGGUGUAGCUAUUUUGACAAUCAGCCUGAAGUUUUGAUAAACUUGACAGUACACUUGGCUUUGGCGUGUGAACAAGAAGCCUGGCAAAUAAUAAGCAUUCUCCUUGACACCAGUUUGAAUACAAGCAAUGUAGGUUACCAUGGAGUUAACGCAGCUCUGACUGUUAAAAAUGUCUGUCGGGAAAUACUGGAGAUGAUUCUACAGGAAAUAGAUUUGUUGAUGCGAAUGAACGGGACUCAUAAUGCGGGAAUAGCCUUGAUGACAUCCAUUAAACAAGAUUUAUCACUUGUUGUACCUUUACUUUUAGAUCCCCAACCUCUGCGAGUACAGACAGCUGUGCGUCUUAUAUCACUUCUAGGUGCUCAGAGUCCAAAUGUUAUUAUUUCCGCAGCUUCAUUCGCUCUGCGAAAUUCAAAAGAUGAUUUUCAUCUUGCGGCUUUUGUUCGUUUGGUGGCUGAAAAUAUUGUGAUAUUUCCAGUAAUAAAACCAGAGCCAGAGAAUCCAUUGUCCGGUCACGGAUAUUUUACUCAGACUCUAGAUCAAGCCCUGAGAGAUAUUCAGUACACGAGUGAGGAAAAAGAUACUGAAGCUAGACAAUUAUUUAAAAAUUUAUCGUUGCUGCUUAAGUGGGAAAAAUCUGACAGAGCAGUAAUUCUUAAAUCAAAAUUAAUUUCCCGCGGGUUACAUUCAAAUCUUGAACAAAUCGCUACUCUUAUGAUGAAAUGCGAAGACACCGAACUGGCUCAUGACAUAGCAAAUACUUUAGAUUUGUUACAUACCACUGAACAGAAUACUUACAUCUACAGUUUAGAUUUGACGUUAAAAUUAACAAGAGCAGUGAUACGUUAUUUCUUCAUCUGCAUAGCAGAAAACAGCAUCAUAAAAAAACAACGCGGAGCUAAAAUAGCCCAUCGACUUAUAACUUGGAUUACAUCGCGUUUUCCAUGCGCGCGAGUUCUCGCGAUUCGCGAACUUGUUGAAAACAGUAUUUACGGUGAACCGGGAAAGUAUUUCGGAGCUAAAGUUAAACCUGAUGAACUAGCUAAAGAUUUUUCGCUGUUACAUCAAAACCAUAAACACGGAACGAGUGUCAUGUUGGCUCAACGACAUUCUUCGGUCUUUCAUGCCGGAAUUAUUGGCGAGGGUCCAAGAAGAUCCGUACCUGAAAAUAAUUUUGAUAAAGAUACCAUUGAUUUCAAUAGUUUACUCCUACUGGACGCCAUAAAAGCUUGUUGUACCAACGAAGGGCUUAGUCAGUAUCCAAAUCUUGAUGCCAUGACAAUGGUCAGUUUGCUUCUUGUUGAACUAGUCUCGCCUGACGUUAUGUACAACGGAUUACCGUGGCCGGAUGAAGAGUUUACAAAAGUUACCGUGGAAAGAGAUUUACAGAUUCGCCGAUGGUUCAAAGACAUUCCGCUUCUUUGGACUCUACUGGAGUUGACUGCUAGACACAGACCAGCUCUCACGUACUGUUCAGUUUUACUGCGUGCUAUUGCCGCAACGGUGAUCGCUAAUUGGGACAUCAAAGAAGGUACCAGACUUGUCAACGUAAUGGCUCUUGGAAAAUUACUGCCGACACCUCUCAAUUGUCUGUCAGAUGUUUUACCCAUUCUCACUCCCAACCAGAUAAAUACUGUAAUGAAAGAAUGCGUGUGGGCUUACAUGCAUGAGAAUGUCCCUUCUCCAGCGCUCUUUACUCUAAACGAAGGUGCGAGUAUUGGUUGGAGAGACGAAGAUCCAGAUCCAGCAGCGACUCCAAUUAUACGAUUUACAAAUACACUAAGACUAUUUUUAAUUGCAAAUAUCGGUAAGACGGGGAUGGUUUACGCAACGUUUUUUUACAAUGACAACAGGAGUUGAGUUUUAGUGUACAUUUGUAAAUAAUAAUAAUAAUAUAAAUGAAUAUAUCGUAUGUAAAAAUAACAAAUGUUUAGCUAUUGAAAUUUUUAAAUAAAUAAAUAAAUGAAAGUGAUUUAAAUAAAAUUAAAUUGUGGUAUGAAAUAUAUUUUUUUUUUUUUUAAUAAAAUCACUCUUAAAAAUACAAGAGACAGAAUUAAUUUAAUUUGUAUCAUUAUCAAUAAUAAUACAGGAAUGAUGGUACCUAAGAUGAGUAAAUUCUUUACAGAAUUGCUCAACGAUCUACCCUAAGGUGGGCACCUCGUCCUGUUUAAAUUCUUGACGAAUGCACCGAGAGCUUUAAUUUUAUAUCUCUAUAUAAUUAAUAAUAAUAAUAAUAAUUAUAAAACUGUUGAACAAACAUCAUAACAUUUAAAUAAAGAUUACGACGAAAGUUCUAUUGCCGCUGCUCCGCGCAUUCGUAUGAGCCAUUGUCUAGCUCGAGUAGAAAAACAUCGAUUGUCUUUAUUGAGACUUUCGAUAAAACUCUAUGUACAAUCAAGUCUUGAAUUAUGGUAUGUGUUAUUAUAUGAUCAUCAGGAAGACGAUCGUGCCGUGAGCGGCUAAAACUCGAGUUUCCUCGACUCACCCAAGUGUGUAUCAAGAUAAAUUUUUUUUUUCUUUUAAUAAGUAAACUAAUAACUGGACGUUAAUUCUUGUGUUGUUUUUUUUUCUCUUAUUAAUAAACGUCUUUCAUAAACGACAGAGCAAAAACACACUGCCAUUAAUAUCCGAGCUUGGAUUAUUUAUAUUUUUUUUAAAUAAAUUAUACUUAAGAUAUAUCUUGAUUGUAAAAAAAAAAAAAAAAAAAUCUUUCACUUUAAAGUCUAUGUUAAUUAUAUUUAGAACAAUAACGUGCUCAUUCCACCCAUUUCACUCUGCUCUUUCACAAAUAUUUCAAAGUACUGGUAGAUUAUUGUUACUGCAAGAAGAAUACCAGUACCCGAACCAAUGGCUCC